UGAAUGAAUGUAGUAGAUAGUAACUACAAUGCGGACUUUGUUUAAAUUUCCGCUGAGCGAAAACGACUUGAAAUUCCUGUCGCAAUUUCAAAGCAGUUUUUGCAUCGUUGGAGUGUUUUCUACUUUCUCCGACGGACGAUGUGCAAUACCAGGGCUACGGAAAAGGGAUUUCAUUGGUGGUCUGUUGGGCCAGUAUAACGAGACACCAGCUGAAUCAGAGAGUCCGGAAGGAUGCUGGAUUGAACUCAUAGUCAAUGAACAAAGUGGAAUUGUGGUGCUGGAUGUUAAAACUCCGCUGGAAUUCAACCUUGCCACUGACUCACUCACGAAGAUACUUCAAAACUCAAAGGACCUUGAGUUGGUGCAUACAAAACUAGUCAUGUUUCUCAUGCAUGUGUGCCAGUUUGUCAUACUGGUCCAGCCCUCGGCCUCUCUGACCACCCGACUUGUCGCUUCUCUCCGACUCCUCGACACAAUGCGACACAGUCUCACGGCUCAGCUGAUGAACUUCGUCGCACGUGAGUCGAGAAGUCGAAACCAGAACCCACCGGCUGAUAUCUGGAUGCGACUGGGAGGCAGAUUCUGUGUUCCAAGGUUCAUCAUGUGUUGUCUUUGCUCUGGAAGCUUCUUUGAGUCUUUCAACGUCAUCGAGGAAUCCGAGAGAGAACUUUUGUCCGAGCAGCGAGACCCGAAAGAUCGAGCACAGAAUGCGUUUGUCAAGUUCUGUUCUGGUCUCGAAGAAGAAGUAUAUCACAUUCUGAGAAAAGGAUGGAUUGUCCAUGAUCAUGGAUCUGUCAAUGGUCUUCUUGCAGUUCCUCCGAAGAAGCCAUUCAUUUAUCUUUUGCAGCUCAAGGGAAGUCAGAAAACAGCUUCCGGUUUUUUACUCCAGAGAUUGGCGAGGAAAAUUUCCUUGGACAGCGGCACCAUUUACGUUGACGGAACUGACGGUUUGUCUCAACUGUGGUCAGAUCAUAUCGAGUGGGUUCUGAAGUCUUCUCGCAACGAGACUCCCCUGCAGCAGAAACACUCGUUCACAGACCCCAUAUUCGACUUCCCUAAACUCAGUCAGUGGGUUACGUUUGCAAGUACAGUCUAUGAGUUCUUCUUGGGAGAUACAACUGAGUGCAAGUACUUUGAGGAAGUGAAGGCAAAUAUGGAUGUGUUGAGCAAGUUUUCUGAUCACAGGUGUGCCAAAGCUCUGCCUUCCGCUUUCCGAGUGUAUCAAGACAACCUUCCAAACCAAUAUACUUCCGAAAAACAUUCGAUCCAUGUGCAGAAAGCAGUGUCAUACUUCUCAAACUACGCCAGGGGACCCUCUUUUGAACGAUAUCUGCAGGAGCUAAAGGAAAAGUGUCAUCACUAUUGGCAAAAUGGACACCAAGUAUGUGAGGUGCAAAGUUUGACUAACCAUCACUGUGUAUACGGGUUCCAUUUCACAACUGAUGAAGAAAAACAAGCGUGUGCUAACUCGAAAACUGGAGCAGUGAAGCCGCACAACAGCAAAGUGAGAUCAAACAGUGCAUGUAACUGCGGACGAAAAGUUGGCAAUCGAGACGACUCAUUCACUAUUGUGGAAGCUAAUAUCACUUUCUACCGAGAGAUGGACAAAAAGUGUUGCGGCUCCCUGGAGCGAAUAUUUUUCCCGACGGCUGAGUUUCAAUCUAAUAUAAAUCGAGCUGAGUUCCAAAACACAUCAGUUGAAGUUAAACCAUCUAGAUCCGUGAAAGAUUUCAUUUUCAAAUCUCAAACCGACGAGCAAGUUAUUGACGUACGCGCUCUUGAAGCUUCACAGUCGCAAUUUACUGGAACCCAGGAUUCCAAAGGCUCCACUUAUUUAACCCUUGACGAAUUGAGCAUCACAGACUUAGCUCAACCAUCCGAAAAUUCGGCAACGAGUCUUGUAGCGACCCUCAACAAGGACUCGGACCCAAAUACUGUCAGAGCCUUAGCUACAAAAACUAAUGUAAGAUCGUCGGCGAAAGCAUCGAAGCCUCAAGUCGAUAUGCUUUGCUCAGAAUGCGAGGAUCUCUUUUUGCCCGAGACUAACAUGUGGUCAUUUGUCAAGUUUGGUCAAUAUUCUUCGUACGAGAGCUUCAAUGGUUUGGAUCUCCCAGGAUUCAUUCAUGGAACCAACUUCUUGCUGCCAUUUGAUGCAUACUUGGUACAAAACAUGGAUGAACUUUGGCCUCAACUUAAGACAAAACCAGCCGAACAGUUUGCGAAUGUUCAAACAGGGAAGCGAAAAACUCAUUCUGGACAACAGACGUGUUCGGGAAAUGUGACGGUGGGAAACAAAACAACUCGAGCAUACAUAGGCUAUGAGUACGAGUGCUUCAAGGGAACCCGGUUCUUUUUAUCGUCUCCCGAUUGUCUGGUCAAAGGAUCACCGGCAGGUCCAGACGUGGCGAUGAAUGCAAUUGCCAGCAGCAUGCCUCUUUAUUAUCAGUGUGGUUGUCGCAUGAGCAAGAACAGACAUUACGCGCAAUUGAUGCGAAUUCACUUUGUGACUCCGCCGCUAACAAGUUUAGCUUUGAACCCUGUUGUUCGGCCCCUGGGAGAAGGUAGUGUGGCCUUUUUUCCUCAGUGGGACCCGAUAAGGGUUCCAGCAGAUGGAUACUGGGUGCUGCGGCUGCCUUACAUCUACAGCUCCUCCAAGGGUCCCAUUCAGCCACCGAGAGAUGCAGCUCUGGCUAGUCUGGCCUGCAUCGAGGGAAACUUAGUGACUGGCGCUAGUUUCAAAUCACAUUGAGGAACAGAAAUAGGCAAGUCAAGCAGAUAUCAAAACAUGGGCAUGAAACACAAAAAGUAGAGUUGGAUAAAACCGCGAAACACGAAGACAUUUGAUCAACUUGACCGCCAAGAAGAGUUGAAUAGUACAGGUUGACACAGAUUUUUAGACAAGAAAACUAGUCGAUUUAUUGAUUUGUUGGGCAGGCAUGUACACGAUAAAAUUAAAUCCAUUCUUUAG